UAGCCAGAGCCAGAAAUGUGCUACUCAGAAAAAGUUUGCUAACAGACAUUACUAAAGAGUCCCGAGAAGGAUAAUGCAAACGUCUGUCUAAAUCUGAAUUCUGCUCUUCUAGAGGUCAUUUCAUCUAAUUAUAUGAUAGUUUAUAUGUAUAUUGUUAUAUCGUACAAGUUUAAUACCAUUAGCAAAAUCGAAUAGCAUUAUCCAAAAGUUCAUUCAGGUUCACAGAAUGUGAUCUCAUCUGUUAUCGAUUGUUUUUGUCUGCAGUCAGAACUCGCGGGAAGGUUGAGUCUCGUCAGGAAACAGAAAACAAACCCAACUUUUAAUAGUAAAAAUUUUCUCCUGGCAUAUUAGUUUACAGGAUGUCAGAGGAGCUUCUCCAUAACGAAGAUAAAGAGACACUGAGGAGACGACUGGAGCAUCUUAAGCGAGAGUAUGAGAGGACAGCACAGAGACUGCAGAGAGCAGAGCAUCAGGAUGCCACUUGCAGGCGUGUGCAGAACAGAGACUCUGACCACACCACAUUUACACAGAUUGAUUUUGGACACACAUCUGAGUCAUCUAUUGAGACUUCUUCCAUGCCGACGCCAGAAUAUUCUGAAAACCAUCAGAACCUGCAAUUACGGACCAACAUAGUUGCAGGAAGAAACAGCUCUGUACAGAAAAUCCCUGCCAUACAAUUGCAACUUGCAGAGAUUGCGUCCACACCGCCUCUGUGCUCCCCUGCAUGCAGGCGAAGCCCUGCCCACCGCCUGCGAUCUAAGCGCAGUCGAUUGCGCCUACAGAACAAAGAGCGAGAAUCAGACACUGACGUCAGCCAAGAGAAAGAAAGAGAUAGAAGUGGAGACCAUGUUCGUGAAAAGGGUAGUGAAUGUACUGAUAAAGAGAAUGGUCGGAAAGGAGUUAAGAAGGAAGAGAAGGACUGUGAAAAGAAAAAAGAAAGAAAAAUGAUGCCAGCUGAGGGGGAGAAAAAUCAGGAUAGGCCUAUAGGAGUCAGGACAGAUUGUAAAAUUGCUAAAGCAUCACAAGAACUGGAGGAUGAUGUAAAAAGAGAAGGGGAUUGUGAAUUAAACUCCUCUGUGAUCCAGUCAGAUAACAAACUAAUGAUUUCAAGGAAAGAAAAUCAUUUAGAAAUUCAAAACAUACACUGUAGCCAGGAAGAGGUUAACAUAUCUCUGAUUGAUUGGCCUGUUGAGAAAAAAAUACAGUCAAGAUCUUUUCCUCAGGCAGUACAGAUUACAGACAAAUCAGAAGAGAUGCUUAAACAAACUAACCAGUCGUUCACAGACUCAAAUAAAGGUUAUGAUGACCGGAUAGAUAGUAAAGAUUCCUCGUUUUCAUCUGGCAUUCUGGACUCUUGUACGCUGGUUGAGGGUUUACCGUUUCCUGUGGAGUAUUAUAUUCGGACAACACGACGUAUGGCUGCAUCUCACAGCUCUAUCGAUCUAGAUGCUGUGAUUUACAGCCAGCUCACUGGGGGGCGGGGCAGACGCAGGCUCAGCCAAUCGCAAGUGAGCGGUAAAGGUCACAUGACCCCAGAGCGUUCAGAAUCAAUCUGCAAGUCCACAGACCAGGCCAGACGCAGAGGAAGAGGUCGGAGAGGGAGAAGAGGCCGUAGAAGAAGCACUAUAGUUAGAUCCUCAUGUGCCAAAGCUGCUCUAGAUAUUACAAUAUCAAAUCCUGCAAGUGAUUCUCAAGCAGAUUCAGAUUCUCUAAUAGAAUCAAAGUCUGACACUGAAUCUCUCAGCCUAUCAGAAUUGGUCCUCGAACAGCCACAGGGAGAAUCUCGGUCAAUCCAGUCACCUGGGCCUAUAGUGAGUUUGAGGACAAGUCCGGAGCAAGGAGUUACUCAAGAUUUUGAGCAUUUCCCAGAUUCUCUUGAUUCCCAACUUCUUGUGGAUUCUGAUUUGUAUCAGGCCAGAUGCAGAGGAAAAGGUCAGAGAGGGAGGAGAGGCCGUCGAAGAAGCACUAUAGGUAGAUCGUCAUGUGCCAAAGCUGCUCUAGAUUGUACAAUAUCACAUCUUGCAAAUGAUUCUCAAGGAGAUUCAGAGUCUCUUAUCGAAUCAAAAUUUGACACUGAAUCACCCAGCCAAUCACAGUUGGUCCUUGAACGGCCACAGUCAAAUUCUUGUCUAAUCCAGUCGCCUGGGCCUACCGUGAAUUUGAAGACAUGUCCAGAGCAAGGAGUUACUCAAGAUUUUAAGCAUCUCCCAGAUUCUCAGCUUUACUUUGAUAGCCAACUUCUCCCGGGUUCAAAUUUAUACCCUAUUUUCCGAAGAAAACGUGGACAAACUGGAAGAGAGUUUCAGACAAGUUCUAAUAAAGAUGAUCAGUCACCUCUUCUGCCAUCAUUAGCUUCACUCAUUCAAGCUCUGCAAGAAAAGGAUAUGAAAGCUAGACUGUUGGCCGCUGUUGAUAUCCAGGAUUUCCACCUACCUGAUGAGGAUUUUGGACAACUAAAGCUCAAACUACUGCACUCGUCAGCUUCAGCCGUAGAACCCUUCUCACAGCGUCCCCUAGUGUACAACACACGGCAGCGCAGCAGGUGCCAGAGAGUGAGUGGAAGAAUAAGUAAUUGUGAAGUACGCUACUCAGAGAGUGAACUUUUUACUCCAGAACCCUUAACUACCACUUCCCAUGAGGAUAGUUUACCACUUUGUCAGUCAGACCCCACUGACCAAUCACAAACAGAAACACAGAAGGGCCUCAACGUUGUAAAUGAAAUAAAGACCAUCUCUUCAGUUCUGAUGGACAGCAGACAGAUUUGCCAAACUGAAACAGACAAAGGAAUAUGUAAUGAGAGAAAAGUGAAAUCUUCUGAAUCUGAAAACAUUAGUGAGCUUCACGUAAACCAGAUGCUAAAAGAAUCACACAUGCUCUCUGAGAACACCUUACUUUGCCCCGAGAUACUGAAUUUAAGUCCAUCUCUGACCCCACAAAUACAGAAAGGUCAAGAUCCUCUUCUACCAUCUUUGGGAAUGUCCCCUCACUUUUUGAUUCCAGGUUCACCCAUAGACCUCCGGUCACCUCUCUUUUCUUCAUCUGGUGUCCUUAGGUCUCCCUCUUCAGUCUCACUUAAGGGAUGUGUGUCUCCAGAAUCAGUCUCAGGGAACAAAAAUGGUUUCUUUACUAGAAGUGGAGAUCAGGGAGGUUCUGAAACACAGAAUCAAACUCAAAUGAGUCAAGAAACAAUGACAAAAGUUCAAAAAAGUGUGAAACCAGGUACACCAUCCCACAACAACACUACAAUGGAAUAUGAAAACUUAAACGAACCUGAAAGAGAGUCCUCGUGCAUCUUGGAAAAUGAACUGGAACGUGAAUGCGGUUUUGAUACGGAAAGCAAUCUUGAAUGUGGAAAUAAAAUCAAGUGCACACCAGAAAAUGAAGUUCAAGUCGACAUUAUUCCUGAACCAGGGAGUUUUAAAAAUCUGUCCGAGUCUGAAAUCCAAACCCAGAACGAAUUUGAAAUGGAGAUUCAAAGAUUAGAAAUCCAAAGUAAUGCCAUUACAAAUGUGAAACAGUUUAAAUCUGGUAAUGUAUGUCAAACUCAAGUUGAGACAACCUCUUUGGACACUUCCACCAAUCGGAGAACGGAAACAACGACAGUUUCCGACGAUAACAGAACUCAGUCAGAGGAACGUAACACUGAAGAAUCCAACAAUCGGGCAUUGCGUGAGGAAACCCCAACUGCCACAUCAUUCUCUGACGGAGCUGGCUGUUCUGCAGUCCUGCGAGAGAUACACACUUUUAAGGCACUGGAGGGCGGAUGCGUGUUGGACUUGUGUUUGGUGCGAUGGCUGUCGGAGGACUGGUGCAUUUGUGUGGCAGGAGAAUGGAGCGUUUGUCUUUGGGCUCAGAUGAAGGGAGUUCAAACGUGGAGUCUUUUACACACCUGGACAUUUGCACAGCCCGUCAUGUCUUUGCAAGAGAUUCCGGACUCUUCAGGCUUGCUUUGUGUGACUCUGGGUCACUUGGAAAUCACAGAAGCAAGAGUGCUCUGCUGUCCAAGUAUGGAUGGGACGUUCUCUCAGAAUGUGGUGUCCAAGGACACAUUGCAAGCAGUGGUGGGUGUGUCUAACUGUCGGCUUGUGUGUUGUUCCACCCCUGGAGAUCAACAAAGAGUCAAUGUGUUAACAGUGACUCAAGAGGGAAGGGUAGUGAACACUCUUCCCUUUGUCACUGCUAAGCAGAACAUUCGGACCCUUGCCGUUGUAGAGGGUGAAAAAGAUGCUCUGAUUGGUUGGACAGAAUGUAAAACCCUCCUCAUAUGGAGCAUAAAUUCAGGCCAGCUGCUUCAAACUAUAAACCUGGAAAAGACUUUAACCAUGACAAACUGCAUGAGGGGAUAUUCUUACAGAGGUGUGCUGUGUGCAUUGCUUCAAAAUGCAGGAAAUGUGUGCGAUGAAGAGAGUAACGCAUCCCUUUUUACUCUGAUUGCAACAAAUCCUCUCACUGGCAAACACAUCACACUGACCUCUAUAAACUAUCCUGAUCAACACAAACAGCAGUUAAUAGAUGGGGAUGUCUUGGGCUCUGGGCUUGUUGGCGUUUUUCAGUCUGGUCAUCUUGCUGUUUGGGAUCUCAGAGGAAGCGUGGCUAAAGCUGUUGUUGUGUUGGAUGAGUUGUGUCGACUAGCUCGAUGGGCAGGGCCAAACACUCUGCUGACGGGAUAUCUAAAUGGGGAUGUUAGUGUGUUUCAUUAUAAAUCUACAUAAACGGAUCCUCUUUAAUUACUUGUUAAAUGGAAAAAAAGACGUGUUAUUUAACACCAUUGUUAAACAAUACAAAAUCUUACACUGUUAAAAUCAUAAAAAAACCCUCAAGGAAUAUCAAGAUUACACAAGAUAGAUUUGUAAAUGUGUGAUUGUGUUUAGUUGUUAAAUUUUAAUACUGGCACAGCUAUUUGUUUGUUAAUAUAUGCAUAACCAGAGAAAUAUUUGUACUUUUUGGAUGUGAUAUGUAAAAAUAUGUUUUACAAAAUAAAAUAUGAUUCUGGGAA